UAUAUUUCGUGACUCUCCUUUAUUGUCGAAAUAAAAACAGAGUACACUAAUAAAGUAAUAAUAAUUAAAAAAAGUUCUCAAUUGCUGAAACUAAGUCUUGACCUUUCUUUGCUUAUUACAUCCUUCCAUUUUUGGCGACCUUUCCAUUACCUCCUUCCCUCUUUCUUUUUUUCUCUCCAAUUUUUUCCUACUUUUCCUUUCUAUCUGAACUGAAUCUCUGUUCAAUAAUCCUUAACCCUAGUAAACUUCAAAAAGGAAUUUGAUCGUGCAAGUUACAAAAGGAAGUACCAACUUUUUUGUUUUCAAUUUUUUGUCCAAUUUCUGCUUGAGCAGUGUUUGGGUUGGAGGAUCAUAGGAGUCUUAGAGAUACUCGAAAGUGAAUCGGAUUUUUUUAUUUGGUGGGUCUGUUUUAUUGCAUAAUUGGGUUGCAAUAAAUCAUAGACUUGUUGAUUCUGGUAUAAUCUGAAGAGGAGGAAUUCUUGAUUUGCUGAUUUUAAUGGUAUUGGGUUUUGCCAACUGAUAUGGUAGUGAUGAAGAAUUUAGUACAUGAAUGACAUAGGAUGAGCUAAGAUUUUAGUGAAAUGGAGUUAAAAGGGGAUGUUGAUGUACCUGAAGAACGUCCAUCUUCGCCGCUGUGGGUUUUGCACCAGAUAUCUGAGGAGGCAGUUAGGGUGGCAAAUGAAUACUUGAGUAGUGCGAACACAUCACCAGUUUGGACGGGGCACAAACGAAGUCAGAGUGAAGUUGUAAACAAUACACACCGGCGGAGUAAUAGUUUCCAAAACUUAAAGUCUCAGAUAUCGAAAGCUUGGCGGUGGGGUGGGAAUACACAGUAUGAAAAUGGAAAGUUUAGUUUCAAUCCCGAGGUGCUGGCAAACCAGAAACGCCAUUGGUAUCAACUUCAUACCCAAGAUCGAACCCAAUAUCAGGAGCCCACUUCAUUAUUUGAACACUUCAUAGUUACAGGUCUACAUCCUGAUGCUAAUCUUGAAGCUGUCGAGAAUGCCUUUGCUAGAAAGAAAAAGUGGGAGACAGGAGUGGCUAAAUCAGAAGAACUGAAUGGAAGAUCCUUGAAUUAUCGUGGUCCCUCGUCUCCUGUGCUGGAUCCUCAGAUAAUUUUCAAAUAUCCGCCUGGGAAGAGACUGCCUAUGCGUGUUAAGGAUUUAUGUGCAUUUACUUUCCCCGGAGGUGUCAAGGCUCGGCUAAUGGAGAGAAGUCCAUCCCUGAGCGAUUUGAAUUCACUUGUUUAUGGGCAGGAGCAUAUGGGUAGGGAUGAUUUGGCAUUUGUUUUCUCAUUGAAGGCUGCAGAUAAUGGAACACUAUAUGGUGUUUGCCUGCAUGUACCAGAAAUUGUUCAGAGGCUACCUGCCAUCUUGGGUUCUUCAUCACCCUUGUGUAAUCCAUCUGUUGGAGGCAGUCGGUUUCUGGUUUCCGCACCCCGCUGCUACUGUUUGCUUACUAGAGUUCCUUUCUUUGAGCUGCACUACGAGAUGCUCAACAGUAUCAUUUCACAGGAGCGUUUGAAUCGUAUAACGCGGUUUGUUAAUGAAAUGAGUCUUUGUGGCUACUCUCCCUCCCCCUCUCCUUCAAGGGGACCAUAUGGAAAUCUUGACUCGCCUAGUAAGGAAACAGAGUGGAUGUCGUCAGCGAUUCCUGUUGAUAGUGCAAUAGCCCUCACUGCUGCUGCUGCUGGUAUUAUAACUGAAGAUGAGAUCUCAUCUGCGUCUUCAAAAAUUGGGGAAACUCUAUCUCCAUCAAAUGGGAGCGAGGCCUCAGAUUUUGGUCCUUCUAAAGAGAUAGACCAGGAAGGGAAAAGAAGUCUACAAGAUUCUGAUGAUCUUGCUUCUGAUGCAUCUGAAUGCUGUGCUAAUGGUUUUGCUAGACCAUUAGAGAAUUACGAGAAUGGUACUUGCUCACCUGAGGCUAUCUUGUCAUCCCAGGCUGAUAAUCUCAAGCUGGAGAGAAGCAAUAGUUCUCUGUCUUUGUAUAGUUCAGUGAGAAGCAUGGAUGAAGAUGAUUGUUUUUCAAACCAGGAUAGUGAUUACUCAGGCGAUUUCAUGAGUAUGGAAUGGGCUAAGGAGAAUAAGAAUGAUUUGCUACAGAUAGUUUGCACUUAUGGUUCUCUUCCUAUUCCUCCACGGGGGAACGAAGUAGUUUUUCAGCCACUUGAGCACCUGCAGGCCAUCCAGUACAGACGCUGUUCGGAUUCUGAUCUUGGUAUAGAUGAAGUUUCGUUAGACGUAGAGUUGUGUGAUCCAGUUAAAUCUGCUGAGGCCAAUGCAAGAUUAGCAGCUGCAGAGGAAGCUGUUGCAUUAUCUGUUUGGACCACUGCUACCAUCUGUCGAGUGCUUUCUCUCGAUAGUAUCUUGGCUUUGCUUACUGGAGUAUUGUUGGAGAAGCAAUUGGUUGUAUAUGGAUCUAAUCUGGGUGUUCUGUCAGCUGUAGUUCUGUCCAUCAUCCCUAUGAUUCGUCCAUUUGAAUGGCAAAGUCUAUUUCUAUCAAUUCUCCCUGUGAAGAUGCUUGAUUUUCUUGAUGCUCCUGUACCUUACAUUGUUGGUCUAAAGAAUAAACCAGCAGACUUGAAGAUUAAGACUUCUAAUCUUGUCCUUGUUAAUGUGGCAAAGGACCAGGUAAAAAUGUGUUCCUUGCCCUUGCUACCUCGACGAAAGGAACUCUAUUCUGAACUUCGUCCAAUUCAUACUGCAUUGGCUGGUCAUUAUAUGAUGGCUGAAAAGCACCCUGUAUAUAAGUGCAGUGAGGAGCAGGCUGAAGCUGCCACACGAUUUGUAGACGUCAUGAAGAGAUACAUGGAGUCCCUAUGUGCAGAUUUAAGGUCCAAUACAAUCACCAGUGUACAAUCAAACAACGAUCGAGUCUCGCUACUUCUAAAGGAUAGUUUUAUUGAUUCCUUUUCUAGCAGAGACCGGCCAUUCAUUAAGCUGUUUGUAGACACACAAAUGUUUUCAGUAUUAUCAGACUCUCGUUUGGCAACCUUUGAGCACGAGACGUCAUAAUUUAGACGCAGAAAAGCAGGCAAGAUAGAAAAAUAUGCUGAUGCUCCCUUGUCAAGCUAUCAGGCAGUUACUUGCAGUUAGAUAGGUCUCUUGGUGUUUGUAGGUAGUACAUGGUUAGGUUUACUCUUUUAUUCUCACUUUUUCUUUUUUUAUGGGUUGGGGGGUUGACAAACAGCUAGAUCUGCAUAGUUUCUAGCUGCUGCUAUUUGGAAAGAAAGGAAAGAAAAUCUGUAACAUAGUCUCAUAGCCCAAGUAUAAAUAUAUGCUAUUCAGGGAAGUUAAAUCCCUAUAUUCAUUUGGAAAAUUGUCUGAGCCGCAAUCAAGCGCCUGUGGUUCUACCUAAUGUAAAUGUUAUUUAUCUAUCCAAUAAAAUUUGGUUUGAUCUUUCACA